AGCUGCAGAGAAUCCCUGCAGAGGAUUCUGAGACAGCAGGUGGAUCUCCCGCAGCCUCCACCCAGAAGGAACCAUGAAGGUCUCCACAGCUGCCUUUGCAGUCCUCCUCACUGCUGCUUUCUGCGCUCCUGCCUCUGCAUCCCCAUAUGCCUCGGACACCACCCCCUGCUGCUUUGCCUACCUCUCCCACCCACUGCCGCUCACCCACCUCCAGGAGUAUUUCUACACCAGCAGCAAGUGUUCCAUGCCAGCAGUCGUCUUUGUCACCCGGAGGAAGCGCCAGGUGUGUGCCAACCCACAGAAGAAAUGGGUGCGGGACUACAUCAACUCUUUGGAGAUGAACUAGGAUGGAAGGCGCCUAGAACCUGAACUUGUGCAAAGUUUCCUGCUGCUUCUUGUUUAUGUCCUAACUAGCUUGGGAAAGUCCCCACCCACCCCUACUCCCACUCCCUCCUGGGAGGGUGCAUAUUCCACCACUAAGCAGCAGUUAUAAAAGCCUCCUCCAUCUAAAGCUUCCAAGAAU